GCGUCCUCCUUUUUCCUCUCAGGCGACGCGAAUGGAGAAGGGCUCAGGCGCCGCCGCGGGAGGCAGCGCGCGGCCGCCGCCGAUGCCGCAGUUCGACGAGUUCCCGUUCGAGGGGAAGAAGCCCGUCAAGAACCCCUUCGUCCCCAUCGGUGCAUUGGUCACUGCGGGUGUCCUGACUGCUGGUCUAGUCAGCUUCCGCUACGGGAAUUCUCGACUGGGUCAGAAGCUGAUGAGGGCCCGUGUGGUUGCUCAAGGCGUAACGGUUGCUCUGAUGGUUGGCAGCGCGUACUACUACGGCGACCAAAUCAAGCUGUUCAAGAAAGGGUCAAGCCCUGAACUUUGACUGGAUAGUUGUUCUGUCAUGCAUGGGAUUGGAAUGCCAUAUAUUAUGCACCGAAGGUUCACCUGGGGGCUCUCUCUGUGAUGUUCAAUUCCUCCCAGUCUUUGGGCAUUGAACAUGUGAUUUAGGCUUUUGGUAUGUGGUAGCAAAACUGAAAUCAAUUUUGGUCCAGAUUCACGAAUAAAGAUUUUCUGCAUGAACGUGCAGACAAACUUGUUCUACCUGCGGCCAGGUGUUCUCUGAUACAGAGGACUGUGACGUGAUAACAUUGUUGUUCUUUGUGUGCGUCUUUGCUACUGGGUUUAUCAUCACUAGUAGGAGUUGCUUUGACCUCUCGGCCAUCGGAUCAUGCAAAUGAGUAUAUUGGACAUAUGAUCAAAUUUAGAUACCUUCCUGCA